AUGGGGAACUGCUUCCAGCUCAGCUCAGACGUCAUCAACUGGCUACCCGUGCUCUUUGGGGUCGCCAUGUUCGCCUGGUCUUAUUACGCCUACGUCAUUGCCUUCUGCUUCGGUCUUGUCAGCACAGACCUGGAGCGGAUCCUCUACGCCGUCGGCUUCCACAUGUGUCUCUUCAUGUGCCUGUGGGCGUACGUGCAGACAAUCAUCACGCCCAUCCCGGUCGUGCCACGCUACUUCCAAUUGAACGACACGGAACACCACAUGCUGAACCAAACCGCCGACUUCGAGGCGCACAAGGGCUUCCUCGAAGUGCUCGGCCAGAACCGGGGCAUCCUGACCCGAGCUGCGGACGGGAGCGUCCGCUACUGCGAGGCCUGCCGACUCGUCAAGCCCGACCGGUGCCACCACUGCUCCUCCUGCCGCAAGUGCGUGCCCAAGAUGGACCACCACUGCCCCUGGUUCAACAACUGCGUCUGCUUCAGCACCUACAAGUUCUUCCUCUUGACGCUCUUCUACCUCGUCGUGACGUCGGUGUUUGUGGUCGGGACCACCAUCGGUUACGUCAAGCAUACCUGGCUGAACGUUGGGGACAGGUUCGCUGUCACGUUUCAUCUUACGAUCCUGGUGAUCCUGGGAGUCGUGAUACCCAUCUUCAUUGGCUCGUUCCUCUAUUUUCAUCUGAUGCUCGUUUGUAAGAACGAAACCACGCUGGAAGGUCUUCGGGGACCGAUUUUCAAGAAUCCCGGCGAUUCGUUCAACAUUGGCUGCUAUGACAACAUUGUCGAAGUCUUAGGGCCGAACCAGCUGUUGUGGCUGGUGCCGGUCUCCACGAGCGUUGGAGACGGCACGCGGUUUCCUACCAGGUUACAUCCCAACAGGAAUGUUUUUGGAAACCCUGUUUGA